CCGCGAUACCAGUCAUCGUCAUCGGCCAUCGCCGGAAUCCGGUUCCGCUCUCCCCCACGAGUUUGAAUUCCGUAACGGUCUCCGCGACGACGGCGAGUACGCGGAGGAAUACGCGAGAGUGCGAGCCGUGUGAGUGCCCGAGAGAGAGAGAGAGAGAGGAGCGCGUCCCACCUCUGCUUACCGCAGCGGAGACAUUGGACGGCCACGAUCCGUGCGGCAUCCGUGGGUGUACGCCGAGCAUACGGGACGCGGGGGAGUUCGCGCGCGCGGCACCUCUUCCGCCGUGCCGGAGCGGAGCGGAGCGGACCGGACGACGACGACAACGACGACGACGGCGCGCGCUCGCCUGACGUAACGCACUCGCGGCUUUUGCGCGCGUAGGCCGCAGAGAGACCGUCGUCGAUUAAUCCACAGCGGCGGCGAAGAGCGAGAGAGAGAGAGAGAGAGAGAGUGGGACUUCUCGCCUAGUUACCCGCCCACUCCCGACGUCCCCGCGUGUUUUUACUGCGCGCCCGCGCUAUAUCGCGCUAAUUGAACGCUCCUAUUUGCAUUAACGUCGCGCUGAUGACAGAUCCACCUGAUCGGUAUCCGCUACUGCGCCGUACACCCGUAACUGGAUCACGAUGGAGGACGCGAACGAUUUGAUAUGCGCGGCCGAAUUCAUAAAAGAUCGAUUAUACUUUGUAACAUUAAGAACAACAAUGAAACCAAAAAGUAAUCCAAACACACACUACUUCAGUAUUGACAACGAGUUGGUAUAUGAGAAUUUUUACUCCGACUUUGGUCCCCUAAAUCUGGCCGUGCUGUACAGAUACUGCCAAAAGGUUAACAAGAAGCUAAAGGGCAUUGCGCUCAGCAAAAAGAGACUCGUGCAUUAUACGACGAUGGAUUCGGAGAAGAGAGUUAAUGCUGCAUUUCUCGUGGGAAGUUACGCGAUAUUGUAUUGCAAACGUACAGUGCAGGAGGUUUACGAAUGUUUGACCAAAAGUCCAAGUAGUCCUCUGUUCAUCAUGUUUCGCGACGCCUCCGUCGGACCACCAUGCUAUCAGAUAUCGUUAAGGGAUUGUCUAAGUGCUAUAUACAAGUGCCAUCGACUUGGUUUCUUUAAUUUCGAGGAUUUCUGUGUUAAAGAGUACGAACACUUCGAACGAGUCGAGAAUGGGGAUUUAAAUUGGAUAGUUCCUGGAAAGUUCAUUGCUUUCUGUGGCCCGCAUGCGAGAUCUAAAAUGGAAGAUGGUUAUCCACUUCACGGUCCAGAAUGGUAUUUCACGUAUUUCCGCCGUAAUAACGUAACAACAAUUGUACGGCUUAAUAAGAAGGUCUACGACGCGUCGAGCUUCACCGACGCCGGCUUCAUUCAUAAGGAUCUAUUUUUUAUGGACGGCUCGACGCCGACGGAGACGAUAAUGAAUCAAUUUCUCAAAAUUGCGGAAAACGCAAGCGGCGCCGUUGCCGUGCAUUGUAAGGCGGGCCUCGGGAGAACGGGUUCUCUCAUAGGCUGCUACAUUAUGAAGCACUACCAUUUGACCGCGCACGAAACGAUCGCCUGGAUAAGGAUAUGUAGGCCAGGUUCUGUAAUUGGGCAUCAGCAGCAAUGGCUGGAGAGAAAAGAAGUGUAUCUCCGAUCGUUGCUGAAAGAGCCGUUGCAACCUGAAAAUGGAAAUCCAGUCCACGAAUAUGGGAUAUACUCGAUAGUUGGUAGACCUAGAGCGGCUUCUUUCCAAGGGGACGUGAAGAACAUGAUGGAGGAUAAUGUAUCGGGGAUAAUGCAUCGGGUGGACGAAAUAAAAUUGGACGAUCCUGGACCAGUGGCUGGGGCUAGCGCCACGGCUAGGUAUAGCACGUUGACGCAAGGUGACAAGUUGUGCAGAAUCAAAGCCAGAAGAAGAGGCAUAACGACAGCUCAGACUUCUCUUAAUGCAAGCACAGGGACAUCUACCGUCGUGCACCCGUAUUUGGGGCCUUUGUUACAAACCAGAAGUCAAAAGGGAGCCAUUACUACUCUAGUGGGAAAUAAAGAAAGAGAUCCCACCAAAAGGCUGUUAUCACGAUCCACCACCACGACAGUCGUGAAAAGAAACAGUUGGUUGGUCAACAGUAGCUGUGAUCCAUCUUCCUGCCGUAUUAGGUCUAAACCGGCGACACAGAGCCAUAACAUCAACAACAAUACAACCACCACCAAUCCCGUUACAUCUUUAACCGUAUCAAAACCAGUGAGAAGGGCGAAACGUACCUCCUGCAUGGCUGCACAGGCCCACGCUACAAACUCGUCUGCCAAUCAUUCAGUACCGCAACCGCAGCAACGCAUGAAUAUGAUCCUCAGGUCGGCAGACCGAGUUACUCGCUAUUCGCUCAGGCAUGGCGUUGGGGAGGACUGUCAGGUAACUGGAGCAUCUCACCAGCGCCGAAGAUCUCAUCGCUUAAACCCCAUCAUUCAGUAAAAAGCACCUCACUCUGAUCUUCAAUCCUUCAACUCGAGCAAGUUUUGCCCAGGCUUUUAUAUCAUAAAUCAACGAAGAUCAAAUUAGGUAUAUCUCUACAAAAAUCAUCAACACUGCAUUAUUAAUUAAUAUGGUUUUGCCAUAUCUGCAUCAUGGGACAUGAAUUUGUUGCAGUGAUAUUUAAUAUAUAGCUUACACAGCUUUUAAUUGUUCUUCCAUAUAUCAGAGUAUUGCGAUGCAAAAAGAAAAAAGGAGAAUCAGAUUUCUGUUAAUAUCAUCUUUCCACUCUAAUAUCAUCUUUCUGCUGGUCAGAAUAAGCACACUUGUAGAUAUAUAUAUUUUCCAAAUUAUUUCGAUUUACACAUAUAAUUUCUGUUUUCAAUAAUUUUUUCAAUUUUUGCCAAAUGUUAAUUUAAUGCUAACGUAUUCCUUUUGCGACAUUUAGUUGAACAUGUGUUUUACGAUGACGCAAUCUAAAAAUACACUCCUUCAUUUUAUUUUAUUUUGUCAAAAUUUUAAGAUUGUAAAAAACGCUUAAUAUCUUUAAUAUU